AAUAAUUACAGAAUUCUCGAGAACCUGUAUUCUCGAGAUUCUACAGUCAAUAUUUUUGUAUGAGCGUUAGAAUCGACAAUAAUUCUUUCAAAUUUUUAUUUAUAAUUUAGAAGUUUAUAAUUAUUUGAACGCUGAAAAUGAGUUCUAUGCCUGUUACUUCCUCCACCUUGCUACCAUUAGAACUUGUAGAUAAAUGUAUAGGAUCAAGAAUACAUAUAAUUAUGAAAAAUGAUAAGGAAAUUGUGGGGACGUUAUUAGGAUUUGAUGAUUUUGUCAAUAUGUUGCUAGAGGAUGUGACCGAAUAUGAGACAACACCCGAAGGAAGAAGAAUAACUAAGUUGGAUCAGAUUCUGCUUAAUGGAAACAAUAUAACGAUGCUUGUUCCAGGUGGAGAAAUGCCAGAGUAAAUCUUUUAUAUGAAUAAACUGUUAUAAAAACA